CUGCUCAACUUUGCCCAAUGGCGAACCCCAAUUGCGCCGGUGAUAAGAAUUUGGCGAGACAACCCCCUGAACCCUCCCGCUCCCGCGAGCAAACGGGGCUACAUAUAAGUGCCAUCAUGGCGCCAGAUCGGCCUCGCGAUGCCUCUUGGCCGAGUUAUGGACCGUAGUUAGUGUCGAGUGCCUUUCUUUUCACUCACCAACUGCGUAGGUCCUCGUCACUCACUUGAGGUUCCGCUCCCCUCCCCGUACGGUCCCCACCGAAUCCGAGUCCCACGCGGCAAGCACCAUGGUCCGCCUCGACUUGGCCACCGUGCUUCUGGCCGUCACGGCCGUUGCCCGGGCCGUGACUCCGAGCACGCCUUCCAUCGUCCCAGGUGCCUACAUCGUCGAGUACGAAGAGGAUCAGGACUCCAAUGCGUUCGUUAGCAACCUAGGAGGCAAAGCGUCGCUCCGCAAGGACCUCCGCUUCAAGCUGUUCAAGGGCGCGUCUAUCCAGUUCAAGGACACCAAAAAUGCGGACAGGAUGAUCGCCAAGGUGGCCACCAUGCCAAAGAUCAAGGGCGUCUACCCGGUCCGGCGUUAUCCCGUACCGCACCACGUCGUUCAUUCCACAGGCAGCGAUGCCGUCGAGGCCGUUCUGGCCAAGCGGCAGGAGGAGGGUAACGACACGUUCACCACCCACCUGAUGACACAGGUGAACAAGUUCAGGGACAGUGGUGUCACCGGCAAGGGCGUCAAAAUUGGCAUUAUUGAUACGGGUACCGACUACCUCCACCCUGCCCUCGGUGGCUGCUUCGGCGAGGGCUGCCUGGUCUCGUACGGCACUGACUUGGUUGGCGACGACUUCAACGGCGGCAACACGCCGACCCCGGACGCGGACCCGCUCGAUAACUGCAAUGGCCACGGCACCCACGUCGCCGGCAUCAUUGCGGCCCAGGCAGACAACCCGUACGGCAUUAUCGGAGCCGCCCAGGACGUCACGCUUGGGUCCUACCGCGUCUUCGGCUGCACCGGCGACGUCGGCAACGACAUCCUGAUCGCCGCCUACAACAUGGCUUACGAGGACGGCAGCGACAUCAUCACGGCUUCGAUCGGCGGCGCGUCUGGCUGGAGCGAGGACCCGUGGGCUGCGGUCGUCUCCCGCAUCGUCGAGAACGGCGUGCCCUGCGUGGUCUCGGCCGGCAACGACGGCGCGGCGGGCAUCUUUUACGCGUCCACCGCUGCCAACGGCAAGAAGGUCACCGCCAUCGCGUCUGUCGACAACACGGCCACGCCUGCGCUGCUCAGCAACGCCUCCUUCGCGAUCAACGGGACAUCGGAUUUCUUCGGGUACACCGCUGGUGAGCCGGGCGUCUGGGAUGAUGUCCGCCUCCCUCUGUGGUCCGUCGGCUUCGACACGAGCGACCCGGCCAACGGGUGCGAGCCCUACCCCGAGUCGACCCCCGAUCUUUCUGGCUACAUUGUGCUCGUCCGCCGCGGCACGUGCGCGUUUGUGGACAAGGCAGCCUAUGCCGCGGAAAAGGGAGCCAAGUACGUCAUCUUCUACAACAACGUGGACGGGACCGUCAGCGUGGCGGCAAGCGUGGAGGGCAUCACCGGCGUCGCCAUGGUCACACCCCAGCAAGGCGAGACCUGGGUCCGCGCCCUCGAGGCCGGAUCGGAGGUGGUGGUGCACAUCACGGAUCCCCUCAAGGCCGGCUCGUUCCUCAGCUACUCCGAGAACGCCCUGACGGGAGGGUUCCUGAGCGACUUCACCAGCUGGGGCCCCACGUACGAACUCGAGGUGAAGCCCCAGUUCUCGGCCCCCGGCGGCCUGAUCUUGUCGACCUACCCCCGGGCUCUCGGUUCGUACGGCGUGCUCUCCGGGACCUCGAUGGCGUGCCCCAUGGCCGCGGCCGUCUACGCGCUGCUCAUCAACAGCCGCGGCACCAAGGACCCCAAGACGCUCGAGAAUCUCUUGUCCGCCACCGCACGCCCCAACGUAUUCCGGCUGCAAGGUAGGUCUCUGCCAGUGCUCGCCCCCGUGGCGCAACAGGGAGCCGGCCUGCUCCAGGCCUGGGACGCCGCCCACGCGACGACCCUCCUCAGCGUGUCGAGCCUCUCGUUCAACGACACGGACAACUUCAGCCCCGUGCAGAACUUUAGCAUCUCCAACACGGGCGAAAAGGCGGUGACCUACUCGCUGAGCAACAUCGGCGCGGCCACGGCCUACACCUUCAGCGACGAGACCUCCAUCAGCCCCUCGGCAUUCCCGAACGAGCUGACGGCCGACUUUGCGUCCCUCGCGUUCAGCCCCAACAACUUCACCAUCCCCGCCGGCCAGCGCAAGAUCAUCACCGUGACGGCGACCGCUCCCAAGGGCGUGAACGUGAAGCGGCUACCGGUCUACUCGGGCUACAUUGCCAUCAACGGAUCCGACAGCUCGGCGCUCUCGCUCCCCUACCUCGGCGUGGCGGGCAGCAUGCACUCGGCCGUGGUCCUCGACCCCCAAGGCGCCCGCGUCAGCGCCUCCCGCGACCAGAGCAACUCGCCCGUGCCCGCCAACUCCACAUUCGUGCUCCCGCCCCGGGGCUUCUCCAACGACCCGUCCUACGGCAACCGCACCGAGCUGCCCAAGCUGGUCGUCAUGCUGGCCAUGGGCUCCGCGGUCCUGCGCGCCGACGUCGUCCCCCUCAGCAACUGCACGGCGGCGGCGCGCGUGGCCGGCACCGUCUUCGGAACCAAGACCAUCGGCCAGCCCGAGGGCCUGCCCGCGCUGUGGAACCCGCGCGGCCGGUUCGAGUACCGGUGGGACGGCAAGCUCGACGACGGCACCUACGCGCCCGCGGGGCGGUACCGGUUCGCCGUCAAGGCCCUGCGCAUCUUUGGCGACCGCGACGUGGCCACCGAGUACGACGCCGCCGAGACGGUCGACUUCAGGAUCCAGUACCUGCCUGACCCUUUGGGCAAGGUGAGGAGGCAGGAUGAAGGGUGCUAACUCACUAGUUAGCGAGGUGGAAUGUUGAGGCGUUGAGGCGGCUGAUGGCACGUUGCCAGGGAACGCAGGUUUAUUUGUGGAGUGGACCAGAGCGUAGAUGGCAAUAGAGCGUGAUACGAGCACUUG